AUGGAACCUAAUGGAAGGAUCGUGCUUCGUGGAGGAUGGGACACUGUUAGGGAACACUACGGCCUAAGGGAUGAGUGGCUGGUCCUGUUCCGUUAUCACAACAUUCAAAAUACCAUGUAUGCCAUGUUCUUCAACGGGCAUACAAUGGAAAUAAACUACUUGGCUCAUGACGGACCGGGAACAGACUGCACUUGUAUAAUGUAUCCGACGGCCCCCAGGACAAUGCACAUAGCCAACGGGUUCAGAUCGACCAAUCCAUUCUUUGUUGUGUCAAUCGUAUACCCCAUGACAUCCCGUCUUCUCGCAACUAUUUCUGGUGCUAUUGUUCUAGCCAAUUAUUUCAUUGCACUCACUCUAAAAAAUAUGUUUCGCUUCCAGCCAAAUGUCCCACCUUUGCCGGAAGUCUACGAGGAUAGCACAAUUUCGAUUACCAACGAGAGGGGCGCUUGGACCGUUCAGUAUAGGCACUAUGCCGGGAGGACGAACGGAUGUUUUGGAGUAGGCUGGUCUGUCCUAGCAACUGCAUGCCAACUAAGACACGGCCAUGUGUGUGUCUUCGAGCGGCUGGCGCCGCAAGACUACCGUCUGCAUAUAUAUUGA